GCCUCGUCAGCUGUUUGCGGGCCGCCAGGGCGCGGGGGGAUUUUGGACACAAUACGCUGUGCGGGAGGCUCUGCCAACCUCUGUCCUCCGAGCCUCGCCAGGCAGGAUGGAGUUGUCCCAGUACGAGGAGGAGCUGGAGGAGCUGACGGGGCUGGAGGAGCUGGAGGAUGACGUCUUCCACCCUGAGACGCCUGUGGCGGAGUCCCUGGCACAGCCCGGCGGCCCGGCCCCCGCUGCCCCACUCACCCCCGGUCAGCCCUACAGCUACCUGGUCGGGCAGCUGCCCCUCUUCCCUCUCGCUCCCUGCUGUGGGCCGGGACUGCGGACCCUGAGCCAAGAAGACAAGACCACUCAGACCCUGAGCCCGGCCGCCCCGAGCCAAGGCGUCAUGCUGCCCUGCGGAGUGACCGAAGAGCCCCGGCGCCUCUUCUACGGCCACGCCGGGUACCGCCUCUCUUCCCUCACCAGCUUUCCCGGGGACCCCAGUCUCGGCGAGGAGCCCCCCGAGGCGCCGUGGGAACGGAGACCCGAAAUGCAGGUCGCCCGCAAGCUGCAGUGCAUCGCGGACCAGUUUCAUCGUCUCCAUACCCAGCGGCACCAACGGAACCGGAACCACGUUUGGUGGCGGGUCCUGCCUCUCCUGCACAAUCUGGCUCUGGGCAUGGAGGAAAAUGGGCAGGGAGGGGGCCCCAGGUGAGGUAGGGCCUCACCAUCCCCCUCCCCCCCAGUGGAGUUGAAGGCGUGGAACAGCCCCUGGGCAUGGGACGUGGGCAGCGUGGGAUGGUCGGGGGACCCCCGGCGCCGAGGCUGGCCGGCUGGCUUUUCUUUCGGUGCAUCUCUCCGUGUGACUUCGCAAGAAGCCCCCUGAGAGGGGCUUCCCUCUCUCUGCUGGGCCCCCUCCCCCGGUCCGGCCGACGAAGGAAGAACUCGGACGGCCAUGUGGGAGAGCCCCUGCGGAGGUACCGACCCAGCAGAUCCUCCGGCCUGUGGAGACACUGGCUCGCCGCUCUCUGUGGAGAGAUGUCCCAGGACGAUGUCCGCGGGCACAGAACGGGUUCGAUUCCCACUUCCCAGCGCCCUGCUGAAGAGCUGACACUCUCCACGAUCCGGGAGAGCGGGAGGACUAGAUCUGGAUAUCCUUGUGUGUCCAUGCCUGGGGCGAGCCAUCGGCCUCUCCUAUUCCACUGGUGCCCCCUUAUCCCCCCUCCCCACCAAGAAGGGUCCCAAAGGCCCCAGGGAUGAACCCAGAGCUGCCUGGUGGAGCGGGCGGGGCCCAGUAUGACGUGGGGGGGCCCAGGCAGACACCACAUCCUCGUCCUCACCGGCUCCGGGGUGACGUGGGACCACCCGGUUGAGGUGGGGAGGCCCGGAAGAACCUCAUCCUCGUCUCUGGCUUUUUGAACCGCCCAGGUUGGGUCCAGGCUGAGGUUCUCACUGGACUGAAACAAGGAGAAGCUGUCUGAUGGGGGUCCCCAGGGAGGUGGUGGGGGUUGGGACCCCUGGGACCCCUCUUUCUGUGUCUUCCCUCUCCACCUGACUCCGGGUCUGGGGGAGGCACUCCUGCCAUCUACCUUCCCUCUAUCACCCCAGGAGACUCAGCGUCGGUGCUAGCAGAAAGCUCGGGCUCACCGGGCUGAGGGCAGUGAGCCCCACCUCUUUGAACCUCGGCCCUGCCACCUCAGGAAUCGGGGGGGGGUGGAGGGAUCUGGGGUGCCCUCCCCCACCGUCACUCACGGCUCCAGCCCUCUGGCUUUGGCUGUUGCGGGGUGAGACCUGGUGCUAGUCUCAGGGUCUGCAUCCCCACAUGGGAUCUGUAGGGGACAGACUCCCUCCCCCCACAUUUGGGAUUCACUAUUGUUUGGAGUGGGGGGUUGGAGGGAACACGUGUGUGGGUGUGUUUAUCCUCAUCAUGGAAGGGCAGACCCCUCCCCCCAACCGCCUCUGGCCAAAGCACCACGGUCCGGCCCCUCCCCAAGUCGUUGGGGGAAAGGGGACAAGUUUUUCAGCCCCACAAACCACCUGGAAUCGUGGUUAUAAAUGAAAGAGAACAGGGGCAGCUAAACCAGCCAGGAAGCGGGGCAGGGGCAGCUGGCCACCAGCCCCGCCCAAACCCAGGGAUGGGAAGAUCAAGCAGCUCGGACAUCUGGACUUCACGUCUCUCCAGGGCCUCACAGCCUCCUGCCGCCUUGGGAUGAGCUACCAAACCCCUCUAGUUACCCAUCCCUUCUCCCCUACUCGCUCUGUGGGGAGGGGGGAGAGUGGGGGCAAGGGGGUCUGGGGUUGGGGGUGAGAGCUGGGCCCGUAUAGGUGAGUGAAAGAAGGGGGAAGAGACCCCGAUCAUGGUGGGUUUUGGGUGUUUCUGCCAUGGGGGCAAUCUGGGAAGUUGUUGGAUGAAUGCCACCCUCACCAGGCACCCCUCUGCCCCCAACCACGGUGCUGUGCCAGGCUGGGGAGCCCCCUGGGUCAGAGCUCAGUCGCAGGUGGCAUCUGUGGGAGGAGGGGCCAAAGUUUUCCCGCCCAGCUGCCCGCUCCUUCCACCCGAGGUGAAGCCCACAUCCAGAAGUGGCGGAGAAUUGAGGGGCUUCUCCUCCCGGUGCUCGUUUCCUCCUCCCCAACCUGGGUGUUUCCCCCUCUACCCAGUGGGAUAACCCUAACCCCCCUCUCCCCUCACCCCGGUGGAAUAGGCCCUGUUUGGCACCUCAUUUCACCCCAGAUUGGGUUGUCUCUGGGGGUCCCCAAACCCACCCACCUCCCUGCUGAGAACUGAGACCCGCAGUGAGCAUGUAGCAUUGGUUCCCCUCCCCGCUUCCUCACCCCCGAGCUGGCAGGGGGGCGGGGGACACAGGGACACCUCGAUGUAUGUACAGUCUAGUGGCUUGUAAAUAGAAAGAGGGAUGGAAUGCUUUUUCCCCAACACUUGGUACAGUUUUUAAUAAAAGAGUUUAAAGCCAA